GUGGGAUGAGAGAGCUAGUCCCCCGGGUGAGGAAGGGGCAGCCCGGGGUCCGCGGCGUGGGAGGGGGAGGCUCAGGGCGUCUCGCUGCCCUCUCGGGUUUCCUGGGCCCCCUCCCGGCUCGGUGCCGCUUUCGCUUUCGGCGGCGGCUCCGCCGCGGCCCGAGGGGUCCCGGAGGGGGUCCCGGGGGUGGCUCCGGGAGCGCUCGCGGGUCUCCGUGCGCCAUCCCCAGCUCAGCACCGCGAUGGACUUGCCCCCCCCCCGCUCUGCUCUGGUGCCGCUCCUGCUCCUUCUGGCCGUGCCCACCCCCAGCAGCUGCUGCUCCUUCGGCUUUAACCCCAUCAGCAGCACCUUCAGCGCCCACCUGAACAACCUGACCCCCUGGCUGCUCCUCGACUACCCUGUGGCGAUGCCCAGCAACCUGGAGCCGGUGAGCGAGAACCCUCCGAAUCCCACGUGUGCCCCCCCAAAUCCCUCCCUGUUCCUGCAGCCCCGGACACCUCUGACCCCUGUCCCUCCAAAUCCUCAACUGCCCCGGCCUCCCCAGGACAGUGCCUGCUCUGAUCUCUGGGGGCUUCACUUUGGGGCACUGGCUCUGCAGCGAAUGUUGGGGGUGGCAGGGAAGGAUUUGGCCCCCCUGCUCAGGACCCUCCUUGCCCAGCUCCACUUCGUAGCCGAGUGUCACAUCCAGGACCCCCGGGGCUGUGUCCAGCUGGAGAUGGUGAAUGUGUCGCAGCUCCUGGAGACCCUCGUGCAGCACCUGGGGGGGCUGCAAGGGAGACCCCCCCACUUCCCUGGCUGUGCCCGCUUGCGCUGCCACCCAGGAUGGGACCUGAGUGGCCGAGUGGUACUUGGGGACAGACACAGGCUGGCCUGAGCCACUGGUGAGAGACGGGGACCCUCCAGUUCCCUGCUGGAAGCCCUUGGGAGCUACACUGAGAUCUCCCGGAGCGACGGAGAGAUGAGGGGGCCCAGCCUGGCCCCGUGCAGUGCCCAUAAAGCUGAUGUUGACA